UACUGAGUGCAGGAGGUAGAGGGCAGCAGCAGCCAUCACCCACCACAGCCACAGCUCAGCCCUUCACUAAGAUGUUUGCCAGGACCGCUCUCACCGCUCGUAAUAUUGCUAAGGCCAAACCAUUGGGCCGCAGCGUGAGUUAUGUGGAAUCCGUCAAGCCUCCCACCAUGGCAGAUCUACCAGUCCCCCAGGGUUCAUGGAAGGAAGCUCACUCUCAAAAGCAGCGUAAAAAUAAUCUUCAGCUUCUGGGAGGAAUUCUAAUUGCUUCUGGCACUUUAGUUUAUGCAAAGGAGUCCGGGCUGGUUGUCUUUGGCUUUGGUCCUAAGGUUGGCAAGUAAACCAACGCCUUACCUUGUACAUAUGUUACGACGUGUGUCAAUGUUGAACCUCAUGUGGCUGCCUUCGGAUCAAAGGCCUUUGUACAGCAUCAUCACCCUAUGAGGCAAAUUCUUUGUGUUAUUUAAAGCAUUAAAUGAUUGCAAUGGAAGGGUUACCCAAGCAACAUUUUGUAUAGAUAAUGACAAAUCUGAAAAUCUACGACAUAUUUCAUUCCAAUGUGAAAAUAAAAAGGUAAUUUAGUUA